CAUGCUUCCUCCAAGCAACAAUUCUUGACGACUUGUAAGGCGCUCACGAUGCGGACUCUACGCCGCGAUGCGCUGGAACGCCUGGCAAAACUGUCUGCCAGCUCACCCAACGCUGCGAAGCAGACAGACAUAGCUCGUCUGUGCAAGAGAUGCCCGGGCACACGGCCGCGGGUCAAUGGAACGAAUAGUGGAAGGACUUCGCGAGCCUCGAAUGCCGCUUCCGCAGCUGUUGCGCGGGUUCCGAUGAGCUUGCCGGAGAUCGAGGCACUACUAGCACUAUGUAAAGCGGCUCCCUUGGUUACCAACAAGGAGAUUGCUGCACAGCUGCUGCCGCAAUUGACGUCGUACUUGCCCGAAGUACAUUUUCAAAUGCUCAUGCCACCACUGGCGUCGCCCGACCUCGAACCUUCGCCGUGGGAGCCGCUUACGUACAACUUGGCCGCUGCUGUCCUUGCGCUUGGACUGAAUCACUCGUUCCUGCGGCAGCAUGCGCAGUCCAGCAUUAGCCGCUAUAUCACCAGCUGGGCGGAGGCUGCUGAAUCACUGGGUUCAGAAAGACUGGACCCCGAGGAAGACGAUGAUGACACGGCAAGCGAGCCCAUAGCAAGGAUGGUUAAGAUGUCCGUCUCCAUGCUUGGGUUCCUGAAGGCCGCCACCGAAUAUGCGCGCUUCUGGGCACCACUAGACCGCAUAAAGGUGAUUCGAAUGCUUCGGGAGGCGCUUUCGGAAAAGUUCAUGAUCGCGCUCGAGACGGCUCUCUCGAUUAUGCGCAACUCCAGGCAGAGCGAAGCAUUGUUUCCGUGGAGAACAUAUGCAAAGCGCUACGCUGCAAAUGGUCGACCACUUGGCGCCAUGCUCUUGAGGCAAGAGUAUAUGCAAUUCAUGGUGACAAGUACGGCGUUAUAUCUAGUCUCAUAUGAGCGACUCAAGAGCAAAGACAUUGUGGACAUUCUUCUUGAAGAAAAGACAGCUCCUCAAGCCAUUCCCGGAGCCGAGGCAAUUCCAGUCGAAGAUUUAGCAGAGGUUGCAGCAAACGAAUGGCAGUCAUUGGAAGAAGGUUCAGACUAUCUUAAGUUAGGCUCUGCGUGGCAGCAGCGUCUUGCUUCGGCGCUCAAAGCAAGCGCGCUGAAGUGUUUUUUGUGCUGCACCAUCUUGGAUGAAGAGGUGGCCGAGGCCGAUCUGUUGCUCACUUGGCUCGAAGGCAUCAUGUCUGAUCAAGUACAAAUUGCUGACGAGCAGCUUGCAUCCGUUGUUUUCAAAAGCAUGGCGAUCCUCGCCAAAUCGUCUUCAACAAUCGCCACGGAGAUGGUAAAGACGCUUCCAAGGAUCAUUGUACAGGGUGGACUCGAUAGUAAGACUGCAUCUGUUGCUGCCCAGUGCCUAGCCACUGUACUCAAGAAGCUACCACAAGAUGCCACCAUCACGACCUUGUACGGACUCGGGAAUCUGCUCAGUGUUCCAGGCGCUGGACCAGACCGCACCAUGAAUGGCUCGCCGAUGCUUGAUGGUACUGUUAAUUCACGACCCAAAACAAAUGGCGACUUGUACGCCGAACAUGCAGGAGCUAGCGUGAUCUCUUUUGGCCCUUCAGAUGGAGACGAGUCCCAAUUAAUCUACGGUGCGAUCAUUGAGGCUUUGGUCUGUGUCGCAGCCACACGAAAGGAAGAGAAGAUCGUGGGCCUCGUGCUUAAUAUUUUGACUCAAAAACUACGGCGCAUAUCGCUCGAAGUGGACACCAAAAUUGUCACCGAGACGGCCAUUCUUGGAGAAUACUGCUCGGAGAACGAUCUCAAAGCUAUUCUGAGAAUUCACACCAAACUCUGCCGUGACGCACUAGAGGAGGGCAAUGGAGCUAUGGUUGAUGCUGUCCUGCAGGCUCGUCUGCAUCUCUCGCGUACCAUCAAGCGAAGUUCUGACAAUUUCGAAAUUUAUGUCCUCUACCUUCUCAACUCUAUGGUCAGUAAGGGAGACGCUCAGGAGCGCUCGAGCUCGGAACGCAAAGCGGACGUUGAGCUUGCAGCGCAAGAAAUCGCCCAGCUUCUCCAACCCAUCGCUGCUCUGACGCUUGAGAAUGCACAGUCUGAAGAUGCCGUCAAGGAUGUAGAAAUCGACGGCUUGGUGGCCUUGCAAAGAGACGCGUGGUUUAACGCUGUAGUACAUGGCUUCACGGCCACUUCUCCACUUGGCAAGCGAUAUCGACGAGAAAUGCGCGUUCUUGCGAAGUACAGCCAGCCGCUGAUUGCUGAAGAUCGCACUGACCAACUCGAAAGCGACAUUGAACUUAACACGACCUUGCGUCGCGGUAAGAGCGACAGCAAUCUGGGAUAUCUCCGAAAGCACCUUGCAGAGGUAAUCCCCAGCUGUGAUUCUGAGAUUCGAAGUCUAGGAUAUUCAGAGUGCGUUUUUCUCACGGCCGCUUACCUGGUCGAGAGUCUCAGAGCCAGCGCAGGCGACUGUAGUCACGUCCUGACAUAUUUCCUGGACCCUCGACUGAAGUAUGGCCCGAUGGGCACCUGUAUGCAAGCGAUCGCGCGGUCGGUCGUGGGCAUCUAUCUCAAUCGAACAGCAACAGGUCAGAUCCAGCUGUUUAGCUCUCCAUAUGUGGCGAAACAGCUGGCUUUGUUCUUUACAGGCGCUUGCCACCGUAUCGCGGAGGUUCAGCGCGUUGCCGUCUUGGCUGCGGAGACGAUUGUUGCCCAAGUUCCGUCAAGUCUCUGCCAGAGGUCCUCAUUGUUCGCCCUGUUCGAGCUUUUAACCAUUAUGUGGAAGAGUUGUUUGGAGCAGGAGACGGACGAGUAUGAAUGGACGUCGAGACAUCAUUCCAAGAGGGGCAAUGUGACCGUUGAGCUGUCAGACAACUACGAAUUCCGUCGAAGGACUAUGAUCAACCUUCACAAGUGGGCCAAAAUUUGGAUGGAGCGCGUUCUAGACAUUGCACCCUUGGACAUUAAAGGUUUGAUCCAGACAUACCUCUCUGAGUAUGAGGACGAUGGCGCGUACGGCCACAUAUCCCUUGGCAGAUCCUUUGCAUUAGAAAUGGGUGGGGUCAUUCCUUCUACCGACCUCCGACUUGGCGCCAUAGAGAAUUCAGCUAUCGGUAUCAACACUGCGUCAGACUUCGUUGCACAAUAUACAACUCGACAAGAAUAUAGAUUCGUUGGUGGCAUUAAAGAUGAUGAUCAAGAGUGGGUGCCUUCUGGUGCAGAUGGCGACCUACUCAUGCGUGAAGACUCAAGGUUUGACAAGACCAUGAAUGAUGCUGGAGCGUUGCUUGCGGACAUCGAGAGCCGUACGUUGAAUCACAAGGUGGUUCCCAUCGCAGAACUGCGCGACGCAUUGCGUCGAGCAGGCGCACUUUUAUGCCGAACACAGAAAGACCAGGGCGCCAUUGUCCAGCACCUUGUUGGCAUACCGUUCUCAGUCUUUACAAAGCAAUCAAUCAAGUUGGGCAUAUCCCUGUGGAUGGGCGUAAUCAAGGAGAACGCUCGAAUGGAAUCUCGCAUUUUUAUCGAGAUUGCACGCAACUGGGAGCAAACGGUUCUCCAUCGGCGCGGCCUUUUCGACCGUCGACUGCACCACUACGAUCCAUUCAAUGUUAAACAGGAGUUUGCGCCUUCCGAUAGGCAACUUAUCGUCAGCCGCCAACAUGCGGCGAUAGAUCUAAUCGCGCCACAUCUUCGCGUUGCGCAGUUUCUGUCGAGCCAUUUCAACGCCACCAGGCUUGGUAGCCCUUAUAUACAGCGAGCGUAUUACAGACUGAUGAUCAUAACCCUUGAUGCACUGUCAGAAACAAUGAGCCACCCCCUGGCCCGAGAGGCUCAUUUCUACAUUGUUCUUCUUGGCCUCCGAAUUCUGCGAUUUAGCACUGGACUUGACAUGACUAUUUUGUGGCGUCUCAAAGAUCGCCUAAUUACCGCAGCGCUAGCAUGGUUUGCAAAUCCUCCUCGGUGGUCAUAUGGCGGCAAUAGGCUCCAGAUCAAGGCCGAGCAACAUCUUCUUGGAGACAUUCAGACAGCACUUGCUAAAGUCGAUAAAAUCGGUCAGGACCAGGUGGGAUCACGCAAAUCGCUCAGUGCAAAAGUCACUCUGCUCCAAAUCCUACUCAGUGACGAAAUAUCCCGCUUGAUGGUCUGGCUGUUCCCCCUGGACAGCGAGAAGAAACACCUGCUUCGAGGGCAACACCAUCAUACUUCUGUCCCUGACUCCACAUUUCUUCAGGCAGUUAAGACUGCAUGGACCGAAAAUCCGUCAUUAGCGAUCCAGCUCUGUCAAAGAUUUGGGUCGCGGGCCGUGCACAACGAAGUACGCUUCUUGCUUCUCAACUUCCCCCAUAAGGCGUUGAACGAACCAGAUGCGGUGGAACUAUUGCUUGGUCCUUCAAUGCCGACCGACGUCUCCUUCCAGCUUAAAUAUCUGCUCUACUGGGCACCCGUAAACCCAAUAACAGCUGUCACAUAUUUCCUACCGGCUUACGGAAACCAUCCAUUUGUCAUUCAAUACGCGAAUCGUGCACUUGACAGUCACUCCGUCAACGUGACAUUCUUUUAUGUGCCACAGAUUGUGCAAGCACUACGUUACGAUGUGCUUGGCUAUGUCGAGAGAUAUAUUAUUGAAGCAGCCAAAUUCUCACAGCUUUUCGCACAUCAGAUCAUAUGGAAUAUGAAGGCCAAUUCAUACAAGGACGAAGAUUCUCAAGUACCCGAUGGCAUGAAGCCCACACUCGACAAAGUAAUGGACAGGCUCAUCGCCAGCUUCUCUCCUGAAGAUAAGAACUUCUACGAAAGAGAGUUCUCUUUCUUCAACGAGGUCACGAGCAUAUCCGGCAAGCUCAAGCCGCUGAUUAAGAAAAGCAAACCGGAAAAGAAAGCUAAAAUCGAGGAAGAGCUGCGAAAGAUCCAGGUAGACGUUGGUGUCUACCUGCCAAGCAACCCUGACGGCGUCGUUGUUGGCAUCGACCGAAAGUCUGGGAAGCCUCUGCAAAGCCAUGCAAAAGCUCCGUACAUGGCUACGUUCCGCAUUCGGAAGGACAAAGCCGUUCAGGGUGACAACGAGCAGGAACUAGUCGAAGCUAGCGAGAGGGCCGACAAGAAGCAUAGCUACGAAGUGUGGCAGUCGGCCAUCUUUAAGGUCGGCGACGACUGUCGCCAGGAUGUGUUGGCUUUGCAGCUCAUCGCCGCUUUCCGCGGCAUUUUCCACAAUGUGGGUCUAGAUGUCUAUGUCUUUCCGUACCGUGUCACGGCCACGGCGCCAGGAUGCGGCGUUAUCGACGUGUUGCCCAAUUCCAUCUCAAGGGACAUGUUGGGACGAGAGGCAGUCAAUGGCCUUUACGACUAUUUCGUGUCGAAGUAUGGCGGCGAGGACUCAAUCAGAUUCCAAGAGGCCCGCAACAACUUCGUCAAAAGCAUGGCUGCAUACAGCGUUAUCUCAUACCUGCUGCAGUUCAAAGACCGGCACAACGGCAACAUCAUGAUUGAUGACGCGGGCCACAUCCUGCAUAUUGACUUCGGGUUCUGCUUCGACAUCGUUCCCGGUGGAGUCAAAUUCGAGCAGGCGCCAUUCAAGCUGACGAGUGAGAUGGUCGCAGUGAUGGGCGGACCGCAUGCACAAGCUUACCAAUGGUUCGAAGAGCUGUGCAUCAAGGCUUUUUUGGCUUCGCGCCCCUACUGCGAACACCUAGCUCAUAUGGUCAUCACCAUGUUGGACAGCGGGCUGCCCUGCUUCAAGCCACAAACGAUGCAGAACUUUAGGAAUAGGUUCGCGCUUGAUAAGAGCGAAAGAGAGGCCGCUGAUGUGAUGAAGGGGCUGAUCAAGAAGAGCUACAGUAGCUUGACUACCAAGGGCUACGAUCAGUUUCAAUUAUUAACGAAUGGUAUACCGUACUAGGAGGCAGUUGGGCCCUGCAGGAGCGUGAGUGCGAGGCGAGUAGUUUAUACAGUAAUUCCCAUCCAAUUAUUGUUCAUGCACCACUUGGGCGC